AGGAAAACUCACCAAUGUCAAACUUCCACUACGUGUCGCUGCUGCCACCUGCUGGACAAGAGGCGUAAAGUGCAGCUGUAAUUCUAUUGGCUGAAUAUAUGUGACGCCAUGAAAAACAAGGAAAUGAAACUAACCAGGUUUCAGGUAUGGGUGACUCUUCUCUAAACCCCGUUGUUUGGCUCGGUGUGGGCUCCAGCUUUGCCUUCUCCGGUUUGUUUUAUCAUCUCUAUCGGGAAAAGAAGAAGGAGUUAAUAAAGCUCAAGGAAAUCCCAAUUUUCCAACCUGAUGAACAUUUACUCAAAGUGCUGAACGCCUCCCCGCACAAGCGACUCCAGUAUGUUGCUGUUGAAGGUGUUGUUCACGCUGAUGGGGAGCCCCUGACAAGCAAGUUCGUCCCUCGGUGCCAGGGUGUGAUCCAGAAGGUUGUUCAGCUGGAGCGCUGGAAAUGCUGGAACAAUAUCACCAGGACCUGGAACUCCCGGACAACCAACCAGAAAGAGUCCAGCCACACCGUCCCCUUCAGCUUAGUCCAGCCUGGUUCAUACAUCUCCCAAGUCUACGUGAAGGUGCAGGACCCCCUGGAGGCCUCCGGUGGCUACAUGGAGGUGGUCCACUCCAAAGCCAGACGCGCUCAGGAGAGCCUGGUGGACGUGGUGGUGCAGGGCCUGAGGGGUGAAAAACCCAUGGCCAUGGAGGAGAGCGAAGAGAUGCUGCGCGUGGGGAGCAGCCUGACCGGGUUCGGGGAGGUGGUGCUGGAGGGGGGCCAGGUGAUCAGGCUACAGGCCCCGCAGGACGGACGCAGCUACGUGUUGGUGCCCAGCGACUACAGGAGCUUCAUGGACAGACACGAGGCUUCGGCCACCAUGUGGAAGGCGCUGACAGCUGUGACGGGACUCACCGGGGCGUCCCUGUUGGCCUGCGUCGUGUCCAGUUUCCUGGGCAAACGGGACGACAGAUCCAGAUAGGCCCGAACCUUUUGUAGCUGGACUCGUUCAUGUGUGAUCCAGUGCCUUAAGUGUGCCGUGGGUUGCUUUGAAACACAUGUUCCAGGCUCGAAACAUAAAAAAGAUGAAGACGUUUCUGAGAAGAAAACCAUGACCAUACAAAAAAAAUAAUAAUCAUGCAUACUAUGUUUUCCCAAUAACCCUGGUAUCUGAAGGCUCUUACUUUUAAAGGUUUGCACUAAUGGACCAAUUCAAAGCUUUGGACCCGUUUUACUGAGUUCACUUCUUGUUGAACAGUUACUGCUAGAUAUACCGUAUGUUUAGUGACUACUGAGUGAUCUAACGUGAAGCAACUUUUGCUUUAGCUGCUGUUUAUUAAAAGGGAACAAGUUAAUUUAACAAACAUGCAGUUUUAUUUUAUUUUUUAAAUCGGUGCUGGUU